CAGUAAUUCUAAAUGUAUAACAUUGUAACAGUGUGUGUGGAUGUAUGACGUCGAUAUAUGACUGUCUUUAUUGUGAAGCAGGAAGAGGGGGAUAAGAAUGUUGCGCUGGAAUAAGUCUGCGGUAGUUCUAUCGUGCACGAGCAUCAGCUGUCUGGUGAGUGUUGGGUUCAGGAGGACACACUGCUGCUAGGAUGCAGGAGCAGAGGAACAUGGUAGACCAUCAGGCUUUCAUGGAGGAUGGCCUGAGAUCAGAGGUGCUGCUCCAACACCAGCUGCAAGCAAUGAAGGAGGCCCACAAGCAGCAGAUGCAGGAGACAGAGAGGAGACAGAGAGGAGACAGAGAGGAGACAGAGACAGGGCCUGGAAAGAAGGGUCCAGCAGAACUCUAUGCUGUCAGCAGGCGUCGACAGGUGGUCUAGUACUCCAGGACCUCCCAACAGGUCAGACAAUCGGAGAGGUCUAUCACAUCCUCUGCAGCCUGGGCAUCCGUCACAACUGUUACACAGAGAGGAUCACAGCAACUUCAGCAUCAAGAUCAACAGAAACAGAGCAGCACCAACUAAAUAAAGAGGAGAAAGAGGAGGCGGAGUGUCCGAGGAAGUUCCGUGCUGUUCCUGUGCUUGUCCAUGUGUUUUUGCACCUCUAUGAUGAGAUGAUGCAGGUGCGACAGAGGGAGAGGAAGCACUAGCGGUUCUGGGGGGGGGGCAACAAUUUUGGACCCCCUUGUGGCCCCCCUAAAUGUGGAGUAUGAAAUAAUUUUUACAUAACAAAUGUUUGCUAUCGUUCUUUUUUUACAUCCGUUAUUAGACAGUGGCAACGAUGAUGAUCAUGAACAUGGUCUUUUGCCUGCUAAUGCCUGCAAUGCAGUGAAGAAAAUGAUAUGACAACAAUAACGUCUAAUGUAACUUGCCCCUCUAACAGUACAACUGGCCCCAGCUUGGCCCCCCCAGUUGAAAUGGUCUAGAACCGCCACUGAGAGGAAGGAAGGCCAUGAACAGAGGAAGGACUUCCUGCUCUCCAUGCAGAAGCCCUUCAGCUUCCUGGAGAGAGAUGAGAAGAAGAGAGAGAAGCUGAUGGAAAUGAUAAGCAUGGUGGCACAGACUCAAAAACCCAAGGCCACCAAUGUCAGGAAACCAAUACCUAAAGCAAUCAAAGACCCUGCAGUCUCUGAGCAUUUGAAAGAGGAGGAGCUGCGCAGGACGAUAUGCAUCCAGCCGAGGGCCCAGGAGAACUUGAGGAAGUCCACAGCACCUCACACCUCACACCUCAUACACAGCUCCCAGCAUACUAAGAAGGAGGUCCUGGCCUUCCUGGAUCAGACCACCUCCCAGAUCCCUGACUUUGAUAGGCUGCACAAGGCUUUCCACAGGGAAGACUUGAGGAGGGCCCAGAGGAAAGAUGUGACCAAGUGUCAGCCCUUCCACCUGCGGACGUCAACCCUGCCCUCAAGAACAAGCAGGAGCAGCUCUGAAAAAGAACAAGAAUCCACAGUCAGUGCCUUUUUGAAGAGAAGCAAUUCCUUUGGCGGUUUAACAUCGCUGUCUACAGAUAUGCUUCCCACCUACAUUACAGAUGCAGCAAGGAAACGCUGUAUGGCAAUUAGAAGGUCUGUGGAGCAGAGGGAGAGCACGUAGCAGGAGAGUGCAGAGCUGAUGAGGAAACACAGGAUGAGGUCUCAGGCCAUGAAGAAGACAGUGGCUCUCCGUGCCAAGGUCAUGGACCCUCACAGCAGCCUGAAAGAGGUGUACCAUGAGAAGCUGAAACAGCACCGGGAGUCUGAGCAACAAAGGAUGAAAGAGUAUAAGAAGGAGCUACAGGAUAUGAAGACCAGAGUCACUGACCAUCCUUACCUGUUUGAACAGGUGUCACAGAAAAACGCCAAGGCUGACGCAGAGCGACUAUGCAGAGGGAAGCUGGUUUGAAUGAGAGUUUGAAACGACACCGAUCUUCAAAUCUGAUGACGAUUGUGAUGACCGAAGUAUUGAGAGUAACAUGGAGAAAAGGGAUGGAAACAUAGACGUCUGGGAGAAAAUUGAAGAGGUAGAGGAAGAGAGCGUGAAAACCAGAGUGGAAAUAAAUGUAUGAUCAAAAAGGUCGACCCGGCAUGGAACUCCAUAUAGCCAUUUUGUUUCAAAGAGCACUAUGUUCUAAAGUAAUUCUAGUCUAAUUUAACUAUGUUGACCCAGUCUUUGACUGUCUGACAUGUUUGUUAUGGAUUAUGACCUUUCUAAACAGGGACAUGUGGCCUCUGGAGCUUUCAAAUUGAUAUUAACUGGAGCAAAUGUGAGAAAAUGAAUAAAGGUUUAUGUAACUAUGUAUUUAUAAGUCAUUUUGAAUUUUACAAUGGCAGGGUAUUAUGGAAUAUUAAAUGUAUGGCUGCAUAAUAUUUCAUCCUUAUUAAAACUGACUAUCAAAGGCU